CGCUGCCCGAGGCUGCAGGGGGCGGGGCUUCUCGCUACUUCCGCCCCAUCGUCGUUCUCGCGAGAUCCGCCUCUUCCGGCCCAAGCACGGUCCUUUCCGAGGAGACCCGGCCAAGAUGGCGGAGGUGGAGCAGAAGAAGAAACGAACCUUCCGGAAAUUCACCUAUAGGGGAGUGGACCUAGACCAGCUCCUCGACAUGUCCUACGAGCAGCUGAUGCAGCUGUACAGCGCCCGCCAGCGCCGGCGGCUCAACCGCGGGCUGCGCCGUAAGCAGCACUCCCUGCUGAAGCGCCUGCGGAAAGCCAAGAAGGAGGCGCCCCCCAUGGAGAAGCCAGAGGUGGUGAAGACCCACUUGAGGGACAUGAUCAUCCUCCCCGAGAUGGUGGGCAGCAUGGUGGGCGUCUACAAUGGCAAAACGUUCAACCAGGUGGAGAUCAAGCCCGAAAUGAUUGGUCACUACCUGGGGGAAUUCUCCAUCACCUACAAGCCGGUGAAGCAUGGCCGGCCUGGUAUCGGAGCCACACACUCAUCCAGGUUCAUUCCUCUGAAGUAACCGAGCGCUGUGGGGAGCCUUUUCCACGUGUAAAUAAAGAAAAUUGUCCCA